UGUAAUUUUAAUUUCAAGUACCAAGUCUACCAAACACAGAGAAAGAGUGGGUGGGAAGUGGGCUAUUCUAUUCUAUUCCAAUUUUUCCAUUAGAUAAGAAACUCACUGACUUUGGAAUGGCUAUAGCUUUCAAGUCUACUUCUUUUCUGCAUCAGAAACGUUUCGAAACUCCAUCUUUUCUGGGUUCUUUUUCGUCUUCUUCCUCAUUCAGACUUGUGAAGCUUUCUUCAACAAAACCUUGUAAAUUGAUGGCAUCCCUUGCAACUGCUCAAACAGUUGCUGGACUGUCUGAAACAUUCAAUAGAUUGAGGGAGCAAAAGAAAGUGGCACUUAUUCCGUACAUCACAGCUGGUGAUCCUGAUUUGUCUACGACGGAGAAAGCAUUGAAGGUGCUUGACUCUUGUGGUGCAGAUAUAAUUGAACUGGGUGUACCAUACUCUGAUCCUUUGGCAGAUGGUCCUGUUAUUCAGGCUGCAGCUACUCGUGCCUUGUCACAUGGAGCCAAUUAUGAUGCUAUCAUCUCCAUGCUGAGGAAUGUUGUGCCAGAACUUUCUUGUCCAAUCGCAUUGUUUACAUAUUACAACCCUAUACUCAAGCGUGGUGUGGGAAAGUUCAUGUCCACCAUAAAAGAUGUUGGUGUACAUGGUUUAGUGGUUCCAGAUGUUCCCUUAGAGGAGACGGGAGUCCUGAGACAGGAAGCUCUUAAUCAUGGAAUUGAAUUGGUACUGCUGACUACACCAACUACUCCCAGAGAAAGAAUGAAGGGCAUUGUGGAAGCUUCUGAAGGAUUUGUCUAUCUUGUGAGCUCAGUUGGAGUAACAGGUGCUCGGUCAAAUGUCAGUUCACGAGUUCAAGAACUGCUCGGUGAAAUAAAAGAGGCGACAACCAAGCCUGUGGCUGUCGGCUUUGGAAUCUCUAAGCCCGAACAUGUAAAACAGAUAGCUGGAUGGGGUGCUGAUGGCGUGAUUGUUGGCAGUGCCUACGUGAGGCUGCUGGGCGAAGCCAGUUCACCAGAAGAAGGAUUGAAAAAAGUGGAAGAAUUUACAAAAUCCUUGAAGUCGGCUCUAAUUUAAAAGAAUGUGUUAAAAAAUAAUCAGAAUCUAUGGAACAAUCGAUGUUAUGGUAUAUGGAACAAUUGAUGUUGUACAUGAUUCCUUUCAAUAGGGCUCAUGUUUGUAGUUUGGUCAAGCCAUUUGCUUAUGAUGUCUCGGUACAAAUUUGUAAUUUUGCUUUAUGGUACAAAAAUUUAUUGACCAUUAUUUUCUGAUAUGUGGUGUAUUUCAGUAGGAAUGGUGGAGAAUUAAGGAGAAAUCAGCUAUAGCUGCUCAAUUUGUGCCAAGCUAACAAAAAAAUGAACCAACAAAUGACUCGUCCUUAAAACACGAUUGAAUUGAUAUGUUAACUAAACACACGCUCAAGAAAAGGCCUAACCGGAAUUAAUAAAAUUCAAAACGUCCUCUUUUGCACUACUACUUUGGAAGGAUUUCAAUUAUAGGAGGGAAAUGAAAAUGGAUAUCUGAGUGCGUACCUUACUCCUUGUCCACUUUUUAGAGGAGGCACUGGUAUGAUUUGUCUGCUACCCUUUUCCUUCAGAUUUGACUUGUACGGGAUACUGGAUUGUUGACUAUGAAUAUGACUAUAGAUUUACACAGAAUAAAAUCACUCUUGUUGAAGAUUAGAAGAUUAUUAGUUGAAUCUUCGAUUCUUCACUGCUCAAUACGCAAUCGUGACCUACUAAUCGCAU